UAAGGUCACACUUCAUUUCAAGCUUUACAAUUUUUGUUUGGUUUUUUGCUUUUCGCUGCGUAAUUUUUUAAUUACAAUUUUUUAAAUGUUUUAAUACAUUGCAUUUUGUCCAAACGCAACAACAACAAAAUGACAAACACAAUGACGUAUGGCCCACCGCCGGAUUCGGAUGAUUCUGACGAGAGCAGCUACGACGGCUUCUACUUUGCUGAAAAACUAAAACGGGAAAAGUUCAAACCUCAUGUCUCUCCAGAUCAGAGUCUCUACAAUGCUCUGGUGGAUGGUGAUUUUCAUAGGGUUUGUGAACUAAUCGAUGAGCUGCACUUUGAUGUGGAUAAUCCGGUAUGCGGUGGCCAAACAAUGCUGAUGCAUGCUUCUCAUAACGGUAACUUUGAGCUGGCCUCGCAUCUGAUAAACAAGUACAAGGCAAACGUCAACAAGCAGGUGGAUUCCACAAUGCCGCUGAUGCUGGCCUGCGAUUGCCUCUCCAAAGACGCCGUUGUUGCUGAGAAGCUGGUGCGUCUGCUGUUGUGUAAAGGAGCUAUUAUUAAUGUUUCGGAUAAGUUUGGCAUGACGCCGUUUAUGUUUGCUUGCCGCAAUGGCUACACCAACGUAGUGCGACUGCUCAUCAAAGAUGUAAGCUUCGAGCCAAGGAACAACCAGGGCUGGACUCCCCUAUUCUUUGCUGUUGAAAACAAUCAUGCAGAUAUUGUCAAAUUGCUGAUUGAGGCGGGCUUUAAUGCAACCAUUGCCAACAAUAAAGGCUAUACUCCAAAGCAAGUGGCGGAAUUUCAUGGAUUUUACGAUCUUCUGGAGUUGCUACCACGCGAAAAUAAUGUCUACAUGGUGCCCACCGAUUUCUUGACCUACAGCACGCUGCGGGAUCAUGUCCCACGCAUUUUCCUAAAGUCGGACUGUCCGGAGUACUUUCAGGAACUCAAUAGCAUCUUGCGAGCUUUGAAUAUGGAGAAUAUGGUGGAGCAUUUUGCCAAAUCACGUAUUUCACUGGGUGAAUUCCUUAACAUGGACGAUAAGAAGCUUUGUGAUAUUGGCGUAAAGUUUCCCAUCUAUCGGAACAAAAUUAUGAAGGGUAUUCUAGACUUUCAUUUGCAUCAUUGGUCAAAGAAGUUCAUAGCGCGCGUUAAAAAAGAUGGCAUGGACAAUUUCUACGACAUCCUGAUGAUCACAGGCAAUCAUCUGCAGCAUUUGGUCAUUAUCCAGGCAUCGCUGCGCUUCGUCAUACAGAAUCAGUUGCAGAGCAAACUUGGCCAGCCAUUGGAGAUGCAGUUAACCAAUUUGCACAGCAGCCUGAACGCUUAUCGUGGCGUCAUUAAUGAUCUCACCAAGACUGUUAAAUAUCUUGGUUCCUUUAGUCCACCUAAGAAUCCUCUUUAUAUUAACUACGAUGAGAUUCUUGCAGAGCGCAAGCGGAGUAAAGUUCGCAGCUAUUUUAAAUAUACGACUAUAAUUUUGGGUAUAUCGGUGUUUAUUUGCUUUAAAUGCAAAUGGAUGUUCUAAUAGCACACUGCAAUGGAAAGCAGAAAACUUGUAGUAUUAGUUAACAAACGUUUCCUUGAAAACUUUAAAUGUUUGAAACGACACAGUACAAUUUAAUGUUAAUGUACGAAUUUUGAAAAUUCUCUUUAAGUUCUCGAAUCAAAACUAGUUGUAGUGCAAAGGCUUUACGAACUGUUGAAUAAUCUUUGUGUUUAACCAUAUAUGAAUUAAUAAAUGGAUUAAUAUUGUUGA